AUGUGUAGAAGACAUUUGUCUGAUGGAGAAAUUGUACAAUUGAUGGAAAUUGAUGAACCUCUAUCCGAUACUGAAGACGACUUGGAAUAUGGCGACGAACAAGGUAUAUAUAUAUAUAGAUGAUAAUAUAGUUGGUUUAGAGGCACUCGACAAAUUUUUAGAAAAAAUUGAUGACGAUGAAUUAGAUCCAUUCCUUAAUUCUAUAAACUUAUUAGAUAUUAAUGUCGACAUGGGAGAUGUGGAAUGUGAACCUGACGGCCCAUCGAUAUCUCUUCCAAACUUUAUUUCUGUACAGCCGCAUACAAAAAAUGAAAUAUAUAAAACUUUAAUUAUAAAAUUUAAGAAAAAAAUCCAAAUUUGA